AUGGCCAUCAUAGGCUUUGCCUGCCGUCUGCCCGGGGGUAACAACUCUCCGCAGAAGUUCUGGGACUUCAUCGAGCGGGGUCAGGUGGCGCCCAACUCCGUCCCGAAGAACCGAUUCAACUUCGAGGGGCACUUCGAUGGGUCUCUCAAGCCGAAGACUAUGCGCCAGGCCGGCGGCAUGUUCCUCGGCGACGUUGACCCGGCCGACUUCGAUGCUGGUUUCUUUGAAGUCGGCGGAGCCGAAGCUCUCGCUAUGGACCCUAAUCAGCGCCAGAUGCUUGAAGUUGUCUUCGAGGGGCUUGAGAACGCGGGUAUCCCCCUCGAAAAACUAGACAACCAGCCCGUUGGUUGCUUCGUUGGAUCAUACGCGGCCGACUACGCCGACAUGCAGAGCCGUGACCCUGAAGAUCGCCCACCAAACAACGCUCUUGGUGUCGGAAGAGCCAUCCUUGCUAACCGUCUUAGUCACUUUCUCAACAUCAAGGGUCCCAGCGUUACACUCGACACGGCCUGUUCCGGAAGUUUGCAGGGUCUUGACCUUGCAUGCCGCUACCUCCAAUCGCGGGAUGUCAAUGCCGCCGUCGUCGCCACUAGCAACCUGUACAUGAAUCCCGAGCAUCUUAUCGACACCGGUAACAUCGGCAGCGCCCACUCUCCCACCGCGCUAUGCCACACCUUCGACGCCGAUGCCGAUGGAUACGUGAAGGCUGAGGCCGUGUCCGCUAUCAUCGUCAAGCGUCUGGAAGAUGCUAUCCGGGAUCGUGACCCGAUCCGUGCUGUUGUCCUUGGCACUGCUACCAACAGUAACGGACGAACACCUGGUAUUGCUAGUCCCAGCUCAACAGCCCAAGCCGCGGCUAUCCGAGCCGCAUAUGCCCACGCCGGCAUCACUGACUUGAACUUGACCACCUACCUUGAGUGCCACGGUACUGGAACCCAGGCAGGUGAUCCGACUGAGGUGAACGGAAUUGCUUCCGUCUUUGCCGCCACCCGUCCGGCCGAUAACCCCCUUAUUAUCGGCUCCGUGAAGUCUAACAUCGGCCACUCAGAGCCUGCUGCCGGUAUCUCCGGUCUUCUCAAGGCGAUCCUGUCUAUUGAGAAUGGCUUCAUCCCCGGUAUGCCUACUUUCAUCAAGCCCAGCCCUAAAAUCGACUUCGUCGGGCAGAAGGUCAAGGCCUACCGGGCCGGCAUCCCGUGGCCCGAGAGCGCCCCUCGCCGAGCUAGCAUCAACUCCUUCGGCUACGGUGGGUCCAACGCCCACGCCAUCAUCGAGCAGCCCACUGCCGCCGCCCGAUCCCACCACGUGUCCUCGUACGUGUCUGCCGAUGAGGAGUUCACUCUCCUUGAGGAAGACGCCGCUCGUCCGUCCGUGCUCGUGUUGUCCGCCAACGACGCCCAGUCUCUGAAAUCUAACAUCCAGGCGCUCGGAAACCACAUGAUCAACCCCCGCGUUAAAGUCAGUCUCUCCGACCUCGCGUACACGCUCUCGGAGCGCAGGACCCGGCUCUGGCACCGAGCUUUCAUCACCACUAAGAAUACCGAGCUCGACGAGAAGCCUGACGCUUGGCACGUGGCUAAGAAGAGCGCCGUCACUCCUUCAUUCGGUUUCAUCUUCACUGGCCAGGGAGCUCAAUGGCCUCAGAUGGGUAAGGAUCUUCUGCAGUACUUCCCAUGGACCCGAAAGAUUCUCGAAGAGUUGGACGAUGUCCUACAGAGUCUCGCUUCGCCCCCGUCCUGGUCUCUCGUCAAGGAACUGACUGAGCCCCGUACUGCUGAGCACCUCCGUCAGCCAGAAUUCUCGCAGCCUCUCGUCACAGCGCUCCAACUUGCCAUCAUUGCCGUUUUGGAAUCCUGGGGGAUCAAGCCACGCAGCGUGGUUGGUCAUUCAUCCGGUGAAAUCGCUGCCGCAUACGCCGCAGGUCUCCUGGACCGCGCUGGAGCUAUCACUGCUGCUUUCUACCGUGGCCGUGCUGCCUUGAACCGUAAGAACGAGGUUCCUGGCGACGUUGGUAUGCUUGCAGUUGGUCUCGGUGCAGAGGCUGCCAACGAGUUCAUCGAAAAGCACGGUAAUGGACAAGCGUGGAUCGCUUGCUUUAACAGUCCUAACAGCGUAACUGUCUCCGGAAGAAUCGCGGCGCUCGAUUCUGUGCGCGAGGCUGUCACGGCUGCGGGUCACUUUGCUAGACGGUUACAGGUCGACUUGGCCUACCAUUCGGAGCUUAUGGAGCUUAUUGGCGAGGAGUAUGAGCAUCUCCUUGAUGCGGAAGACCAAUUCCACCCGACUGAAAAAGCCCUGGGCAGCGGUGCUACUCUGUUCUCUUCGGUCACGGAAUCGAAGAGAACCACGCCAACUGACGCUCUGUAUUGGAAGACGAACAUGGUAUCGGCGGUUCGCUUCAAUGGGGCGUUAAAGGCUCUUCUUGAGGACGAGAACGCGCCUAACUUCCUUAUCGAGAUCGGACCUUCCGGGGCUCUGGCUGGUCCAGUCUCCCAGGUCCUUAAGUCUCUACCCGCUUCCGUCGGGGGAGAGAUUACCUACACCAGCUCUUGGGCUAGAGGUGCGGACGCCGGAAAAGCACUAUUCGAUGUUGCUGGUCGCCUAUGGGUGGCCGGUGCCGAUAUUGACAUGGCAACCGUGAAUGAGUACGACGGCCAAAACCGAGUCAUCACGGACCUUCCCAACUAUUCUUGGAACCACACUACUAAGUACUGGCACGAGAAUGCUUCCAGUAAGGACUGGCGUUUCAGGAAGUAUGUCGUCCACGACUUGUUGGGAAGCAAGAUCCUCGGCAGUUCGUGGAGGAAUCCUACUUGGCGUCACCGCUUGAACGUUACCAAUCUCCCUUGGCUCAAUGAUCACCGAAUGGGAGGUGACACUAUCGUCCCUGGUGCUGGAUUUAUAACUAUGGCCGCAGAGGCUAUGUAUCAAAAACAUACUGCUCUCCUUUUACCCGAGGAGGCGGAAGGAUUGGCCCGGAAUGAUUUAUGUUAUCGAUUCCGCAACGUCCGCUUUAGCCGCGCUUUAGUUCUCGAAGAAGGUAAAGACGUGAUUAUCUCGUUCACGCUGUCGGCUGUACCAGGCGACAAGCACUGGCACGAAUUCAGAAUUUAUACAACAGAAGACGAGGUUAUGUCCGAACAUUGCUCUGGAUGGGUCCGCAUCCACGAUUUUAUCGACGAACCUGUUGAAGGCGAGGACGCGCUGCCCCUGAAAUCGGUGCAAGCUCCUAAGCUGUGGUAUAAGUGCCAACGUGAGAUUGGUAUGGAGUUCGGCCCAGCUUUCCAGAAAUUGAUCGAAAUCGAGGCCGUCACCGGUCAGCGCAAGUGCCGCACCUUGAUAUCGAUGGAACCCCCUGAGAGCAAGUAUGCCCAGUCAUACUAUCCCAUUCAUCCGGCGGCCUUAGAUGGUUGCUUGCAGACUGUCGUCCCAUCUAAUGCAUCGUGUGAUCGCACGAACGUCAAGCACGUCAUGAUUCCUGCCCUUAUCGACGAUUUCAUCAUCAACAAGGUCCCCGCUCGUCUGUACAGGGGACGCUCGAAGGCGACAUCAGUAUAUAGUGGUCGUGGUCGACUGGAUAUCGAGAAGAGCUGGGUCGCUAACACGACCGUAUAUGACUCUGAAAGCGGCCAAUUGCUGAUGCAGAUAACUGGCCUCAACUACACCAAGCUCGAUGUGGCCCCCAAGCCCGACCCGCAUACAUUCCACACUGUGGCCUGGAAGCCUGAUAUCACGUUCCUUACUCAGGAUCAGUUGAUGUACCUCACGGUGGACAAAGACUCAAACAAGCUCGACACCGUCAUCGACCUUAUCGCCCACAAGAAGCCUGCGCUAAAGGUCCUAGAAGUGAACCUCGACGAUGAAGAUGCUUCUAACCUAUGGUUCGGGGUCAACGACUUCACGGCCAGGUCUGCCUACGCCCAGUAUGAUUUCGGCACUUCCAAUGCGAAGACUCUUGUCAGCACCGAGACUCUGUACCAGGAGAAAGGAAACGUUUCAUUCCAUUCGAUCAGUCCUGAAAACCCGGCCUUCGGGCUUCCCACUGAUGUCGCCUGGGACCUUGCGAUCAUCAAGGCGUCUGAGAAGGUCAGUGCCACUAGUGUGGAAGACUCUGUCAAGAGCCUAAAGCCCCUCCUAGCUGAGGGUGCUUACACACUCUUGGUGCGAAUCGAUCAGGAAGGUGUGAUAACGCAUGCAGCAUCCGAAUCGUCGGACUCAUUUGAGAACCUCAACCGUCCAUCUGCUCUCGGAACCUCUGGCACACCAUCUCAGUCUUCGGACUCUCUAGUUGCCAGUUCGAUCAGCUCCACUGCCUGGGAUGAGGAGGCUGCUAAGAAGUCUCUGGCAUUCGCCGAAGCGAAUGUUACCAACUCCAUCCUUGAGGUCGCACCUACUACCAACAGUCCGCUUGCGUACUUGUCAAAGUCGAAGACUAGCACCGAAAUAUCCACUGGCUCUAAGAAGCAUCUCAUUGUCGUUCGUCUAUCAGACACGACGCCCACAACCCUGCCGCCAUCCCUACACGCAACUCUGGAGGCUUCGGGCUGGACUAUCACGCAACAGACAUAUCCCUUCUCGAAGCCGACAGACGGCGCGGUCGUACUAAUUAUUGACGAGUUAUCGAAGCCUAUCCUGAAGAGUGUAGAUGGAAAGCAAUGGGAAUCCAUCAAGGGGCUUAUCAGCUCCGGCAUUCCGCUCCUCUGGGUCACGAAGGGCGCGCAGUACCCAGUCACGGACCCGGACAAUGCGAUGGUCCAGGGUCUUUUCAGGACGGCCAGGCAGGAGGACCCUUCGAUCAAUGUUACGACUUUAGAUGUCCAAUCGAGCACAAGUGCGGCGACAAGCUGGGCUAUUGACAAAGUGCUCGGAUUACUUAAAGACGGAUUGCCAGUGGAGACUGAAUACUCGGAGCGUAACGGCAUUCUCUCUAUCCAACGGAUCCAACCGGAUACGCUUGUCAAUGACUUCCGACAUGCCGAAGAAGAUGGUCUCCCACCAGUUGUGAAGGGAUUCCACAGCACUGAAGUCCAGGUGCAACUGAGGGCCGAGCGUUUGGGUACUCUGAACGGUCUAAUGUGGGCCGAGACGGAAGUUAGUGCGCCUGCGGCGCUCGACGAUGGACAAGUCGAGGUCGAGGUUUACGCCGUCGGUGUUAACUUCAAGGACGUAGCCAUCACCAUGGGUAUCGUGCCAGACAACGAGUAUAACAUUGGAUUCGAGUGUGCUGGUAUCGUCAAGAGAAUUGGGAAUGGUGUCACCAGCUUAAAGGUCGGAUCCCGAGUCUGUAUGCUCAAGGCUGGAAGCUACAGUAAUCGGGUGAGGACCAGCGUUCAGCGAUGCCACGAGAUCCCAGACCAUAUGAGCUUUGAAGAGGCUGCUACCAUUCCCUCGGUAUACUUGUGCUCGCUUUAUGCCAUGUACCACCUUGGAAAUCUGAAAGAGGGCCAGUCCGUAUUGAUUCAUAGCGCUACUGGUGGUGUCGGGGUCGCAUGUAUUGAGCUAGCCCAAGCUAAGAAAGCGGAGAUUUUCGUCACGGUGGGUACGGAAGAAAAGCGACAGUUCCUUGAAAAGGAAUAUGGCAUCCAGCGGGAUCACAUGUUCUCUUCUCGUAACACCCAGUUCGCCCGUGGGAUUAUGAAGGCCACAAAUGGUCGCGGUGUCAAUGUCGUCAUCAAUUCGUUGAUCGGUGAACUCCUCGACGCAUCUUGGAGAAUCAUGGCGGACGGUGGAAAUAUGGUCGAGAUUGGUAAGAGAGAUAUUGUCGACCGUAACACACUCUCCAUGGAGCCCUUCGACCGUAACUGCUCUUUCCGAGCGGUCGAUUUCUCAUACACCAAGGACAUCAAAGAUUCGCUCGUUGCCAGUCUCUUUGACGAACUCUUCGUCCUCAUUAACGCUGGUCAUCUCAAACCAAUCCACCCUAUCACCGUAUUUGGAUUUGACGAUGUCCAAAAGGCCCUAGCGUACAUCCGGAGCGGAAAGCAUCUCGGUAAAGUCGUUAUCUCAAAUGGAGAGAAUACUGAUGUGCAGGUCCCCAUCCGGCCCGCAAUCCGUGGCAUUCAGCUACGAUCCGAUGUCUCAUACCUCAUCAUCGGAGGCUUGAAGGGCGCCUGCGGAACCCUAGCUAUUCAUUUGGCACAAAACGGAGCUCGCCACAUCAUCGUUAGCAGCAGGAGUGGCAUAAAUGAUGAGGCUUCGGCUAGGAUCGUGGCCAGCUGCAACUUCUACGGCGCUGAAGUCGUUGAAGCUAAAGGUGACGUCGGUAACAUCGAGUCUGUACGACAGUUAUUCAAAUCCGCGACUCCCCGUAUUGCGGGUGUUAUCCAAGGUGCUAUGGUUCUGAGGGACAAACCCUUCGAGAUGAUGACGCUAGAUGACUGGCACACGGCUAUCCACGCUAAGGUUCAUGGUACUUGGAACAUUCACCGGGCUUCUCUGGAGCAAAAACAACAACUCGACAUGUUCACUAUGUUAUCCAGUACAUCGGGUGUUGUAGGUAAUAAGGGGCAGGCCAACUACGCAGCGGCCAAUACUUUCCUCGACGCGUUCGCUAGUUACCGUCAGACCCUAGGCCUGCACGCCAAUACUGUUGACCUCGGCGUGAUCGAAGACGUGGGCUAUAUUGCGGAGCAAGAUACUGGCCUUGAAGCGCGGUUUGACAAACGUGUCUGGACGCCGAUUGGGGAGAGCAUGUUGAGAAAAAUUCUCACAUACUCCUCUUUACAACAGGAGUCCGAUCCGCUAAAUCCAAGCAGUGUCACUGAGAUGAUCACGGGUAUUGGCUAUCCGCUCCCCGCAGACAGCGAUGGAUUGGCACGUGACGGCAGAUUCGGCUACCUUUUCAAUAGCCGCGGAGGAAGCAAUUCUGGUGGCCUUGACGUGGAUGAGAGCGACCAGACCGAACAAGCUAUCAAGCAAUUCCGUCUGAUGCACAAAUCGGGCGCCAGUGUAGCGGACUUGAAGCUCACCUGUCUCGAGGUGGUAUCGGCUCAAUUCGCCAAGACGCUCAGACUCGAAGCAGAACCCGAGAAAGGAAGGCCUCUUGUAGCUUACGGCCUUGACAGUUUAUCCGCCGUGGAAUUGAGGAAUUGGAUUCGCAUGAGGCUCGGCGUAGAACUGACGACGUUAGAUAUAACCAACGCUGCUUCACUGAUCGCACUAAGCGAAAAGGUCGUUUCGAAAUUGCCGCAACCAGAAGCUGCUGCGUGAAGUAGCUAAAAAGGAGAGGCUAGAAAGGAGAGGGCUGGCAAAGGCUGGCAGGGCUGGGUAUAUGUAUUUUAUGGGAACUUGGAAGGAUUUUAUUUUUAUUUUUGCGCCGGGUGGCGGGUGGUGGUUGGUAUGUUAGAGAAUGAGAUGAAUAGUCGGUGUGUUUCGUGAUACACUAUUGUAGAGGUUAUUAGAUUGCUAGGUUCAGUUUCCUCUUUUUUAUGCAAGUUCUUUACAAUCCAGGUUCAAUCUUGCAGUAGCGCCAGGCCUUAUCCAUGGUCUGUACUUUAUGCGCUGGCUGGGAGGUGGCUGGUCAGGAGCGAACGGCGCGGUGCCGCUGGGCGCCGCUGGGUUGCGCUGGGUUGCGUGCCUCCUUCCUUUAGGCUAGAGCUAGCGGAUACG